GAUUCGGCUAGAAGAAAACCUGUUCUUCCGGGAAAAUGGCGACUCCCGCUCGUGCCUCGGAGUCCCCGCCGGCCGCGGAUCCGGCCCUAGCAGCUGGGUCUGCCGAGGAAGCCGAGUGCCCGCCGCCUCGACAGCCGCAGCCCCCGCAAAAUGUCCUCGCUGCUCCGCGGCUUCGAGCCCCAAGCUCCCGAGGACUUGGGGCAGCGGAGUUUGGCGGAGCUGCGGGAGAUGUUGAAGCGCCAGGAGAGACUUUUGCGCAACGAAAAAUUCAUUUACAAAUUGCCCGACAAAGGUAAAAAGAUGUUGGACUCUGUUGCCAAACUGAAAGCUGCCAUUGCAGAACGUGAAGACGUUAGAGGAAAAAGUGAACUGUUUCAUCUUGUUAGUUUAGAUUGUAAGCUACGGCAAAAAGCAAUUGCAGUUGUUGACAUGGACACAGAUAAGGUCCAGUAUUCUGACCAGAUACUUGAUACUUCAUCACUAGUUCCUGGCUGUUCCUCUGUAGAUAACAUUACGUCAUCUAAAGCAACCUCACAACAACAGGGACUUGUACGUUCUACUCACAAAGGUGAUGAAGAAGCUCCAGAAGUUGAAUACACAGUGAACAAGUGCCCAGCUUCCAGCAGCAGAGCCAGUGCACUUUCUUCAUCUGAAACUAGUGAGUGUCUCCCUCAGCAUCGGGUGUCAAGUCAAGCAGAAGAUAAUUCUAGCAGCUCUGACAACUUGUUUAUUGAUAGGUUACAAAGGAUCACAAUUGCAGACCCGGGUGAACACUACUCAGAAGAAAACAGGAGUACUGAGAACUUGACAGGCCUUUGUAGUAGGACACAGAAGAAGCCUCAUUACAUGGAAGUGCUAGAUAUGCGAGCCAAAAACCCAGUGCCCACACCACGUAAAUUUAAAACCAAUGUGUUACCUGCAGAACAAAAUGAUCUAUCUAGUCAUCCACAAAGGAGAGCGACUCCUAUUUCCUCAGAGGAAAGGCGGCGCAGGGAUAAGAAGCAUCUUGAUGACAUCACGGCAGCUCGGCUUCUACCACUUCACCAUCUGCCCACACAGCUGCUCUCCAUAGAAGACUCUUUGGCACUUCAGAAACAGCAGAAACAGAGUUAUGAGGAGAUGCAAGCCAAGCUCGCAGCACAAAAGUUAGCUGAAAGACUGAAUAUUAAAAUGCAGAACUAUAAUCCAGAAGGAGAGACUUCAAGGAAAUACCGAGAAGUGAGGGAUGAAGAUGAUGAUCAGUCCUCUGAUGAUGAAUUCUGAAGAUGGGCAUUGGGAUGAUCUCCUAACUCUCUGCCUGUUGAGAUGUCAUUAUCUUCUAUUAGACUUUCUAACAAGUAUCAAGAUCAGUGUCAGACAUUGUUGAGGGAAAGAAUUUUAUAGUUACACAAAGGUAGAUAUAAAAAUAGCCCAGUGUUUCUUUCAAAAGAUAACUUUCAUGUGCUUGAAAAGGUUAAUAUUUGAAUAUUGUGUUUAACCGCAUUGCAUUAAAGUUUUGCAGUAUGUCA